AUUUAGAGCUGAUACAACGCGUAAUCUGCCUUCGCCUUGAGCAUGCAUUGUCCUCCGUGAGAGGUUGAAACGGGGCAGGGUAAGAGAGACCCAGCAGGCUGUGCUUUUAAAAGACCCGGGGAGACUAUAAAACUGGUUUCAUGCCCACUGCUGUAAAAGGCUCGGCUCGAUAUGCGCACACAGAGGGACGGAGGUAGGCAGAGCAGAUAGAGGGAGGGAAAGGAAGAGACACACACACUUUUAUCAACACUCACACACGGUGUUCAUGGUUUGUUUUCAUAUGUCGAGUCUCUGUCAUAGGUAGAGAAGCAGGAGUUUACGGAGAGGCAUUUCUCUUUAGCUCACUUAGGAUUUUAGGAAAGGCAGGUUUUACAAAGACACGAGCGUCAGAUAUCGUUGUUGUAGUCCGCAGAGGUGCAUGUGUUUUUCUGCCACUUUAGUGCAUAGGAUGCGCGUCUUUUCCAGCAGACCCGGUGCUGUUUGACACAUUUCCCUCCUCGCGAGCUGGGACCCGCUAACCGGCGUGAACUGGGGUGGAGGUGAAAACUUUUCUGGCCGUACUUUUGAUGCCACGGAAAUGGGACCGCGCCAACGGGAGAGCGUGUCCGCGCUUUGCAGAAACAGUUUGCUUUGGACUGUGCUGAUACUCUGGCUGACCGCGUUUGUUGACGGGACCUGGAAGACGGGACUUUACAAAACCUACUCAGCCGGGACGCAGACAGCAGCAGCCUCUCACACCUCAGUCUACCAGAAAAGGAACUGGUGUCCUCAUACAGUCACUAAAACGGUGACAUGCCAGGUGCAGAAUGGGACGAUUCUCCAGCGGGUCUACCAGACAUGCCGCUGGCCACAGGGAUGCACAGGAGGCAGCUAUAGAACCGUGGUCAGACCUUCCUAUAAAGUGGUGUAUCGCACAGUGACCUCUCUGGAGUGGAAAUGCUGUCCAGGAUUCAGUGGUGCUGCCUGUGAAGAAGAUGCAGGAAACCAGCUCGUGGCUCAAGAGGCAGUAAGGAAACCGUCUACGCUACGCCGGCCACCUGCGCGCACAGGAGAGUCGAUGUCUGGCUGUCUCAACUGCAGUCGAAUCACAGCUUUGAGUGACAGGCUGAUUUCACUGGAGGCGAAGGUCCAAUUACUCACUUCCCCAGCCUCCAUAUCACAUCGCCACCUUCAGGGGAAAGGAGGAAGUGCACCAGAGGCCUCAUUACUGAUGGGGGCUGUGCCCGCUCAGGGAGCUCCUGGUGAGCAGGGACCUGCAGGUCCUCAGGGUGAAAAGGGGAAAGAUGGGCUUCCUGGCAAAGACGGGAAGCCAGGGUCUCGGGGGCUGCCAGGUCCCAGUGGGCCUCGGGGGGAGGCCGGGGCAAGGGGCCCUUCUGGAACUCCCGGAUUGAAGGGAUCCCCAGGACCAGCAGGCCCCCGUGGUCCACCAGGACUCCCAGGAGACAGGGGUCUACCAGGCCUACCUGGGCCUCCAGGGCCCCCAGGCCCUCCAGCACCGUCCAGCGCCCACAUCCCAGAGCCAGACCACACUCGUGGAAAAGACCCCUUCUUCACCAACACUUUCCAUGACUCACGAGGGCUGCCUGUUCCAGGACCUCAGGGCCCUCCUGGGCCUGUCGGUCCGCCAGGUCCCAAAGGCCCACUAGGACCUCCUGGCCCACCAGGACAAAAUGGGAAACCUGGAGCUCCGGGAACACAGGGCCCUGUGGGGCCAAAAGGAGAGCGUGGGGAGAGAGGUCCCUUAGGUUACCCAGGAGAGAGGGGCUUCAGAGGCGAGCCGGGAGUACCAGGUCCAAAGGGAGAGCCAGGAGAGAAGGGCUUGCCGAGCAAUCUAAAUGGGGACGGGAUACAUCAGAUCAGAGAGGCGCUGAAGAUCUUAGCCGAGAGGGUUUUAAUCCUCGAGACUAUGAUCGGUAUUCAUGAGCCUGAUCUAGGGUCUGGGGAUGGACCAUUUGGCACAGCCUCCCCUAGUUUCUACAGAGAUAAGCGAGCAGGUGCACCCCCAUAUCGACUUGCUUCUCCUCUGUCCUCCGACACCAAGGUUCGAGGGAAGUAGAUCCCCCUCUGCUCACCCUGAGGAUCACGGGCUGGGUUGACUCCCCCCUCCUAUAGGUCUCAUCGGCACUCAACAGAUUUAGACCUUUACUGAUGCCCUCUCUGGGCUUUACCAUCAGAUUUAGGAUGGGGGACACCUCAGGGACUCUCCACUGAUACUCCACAAUACUCCUCCUCCAUCGGGAACCUGAGAACUAGUUUGACCCCCUCCUCACCUCACCUAUUGCCAUAACCAAACACUUACCUAUACAUUAUACACCCAGCAGCUCCUUCUGUGUUUCAUUUUCUUUGGCUACAGAACUAAAGCCUCAGAUCGUGUUUAGGAAAAAAAAAGGAAAAUCUGUAUCUUCUGUUGCACUCCUUUAGCUUCAAACAGUUCUGGACAAUAAGGGUAAUUUAGAGUAAGCAAUUGAAGGAGAAAUCAGAUGUGAGAAAAGAGACUGGAUUUAAGUUUGUAUUGCUUUCACAAUCUAACUGCAAUCUGAAGAGAUUCCACUAUUUAAAUAUAUUGAGCAUGUACAGUUUGCAGGACACAAUUACACAAACAAACCUCUUCUUAUAGUAUUAAUUUUGUUAUAC